AUUGCUGGUGGCGUGCACUCAUCCCAAAACCGUAACAAAAUCAUGGAUGCGGAUGGUAUAGCUCUUAUACCUGGUUUUUUUGUUCACACUAUCGAAUGUGGGCGCAGUAUCAGAUGCAGCGAACAAUGGAUGAAGCCAUGCCACCUUAUGAAACCUCUUACGCAUUAUUCUCCAACAGGAAGCCUGCUUUCCGCUAAUUCCGAAUGGUCCAAAGUGCUUGUCUUCUGACCUGCUAGUUCUUCAAAUAGCCAUGCCGCUAUCGCAUAAGUGUUUCCAGUAUCUGAAUCGAUCCUCCCUCUCCACUUCUGAUCUCUUGGAAAUCAGUUUGCUCUUUGGUAUCUGGAAACCCUGGAAGCAGGCGCCAUCUGUUUUAGUACGUCACGACGAUCAUGUGUAGUGCAUCUGACUGCCUACCCUGUGCCCAUCGCAGACACAUUCCUCCGAAGGAAUCAGCGCGGUCUCGUGGCGGCUUGCAACCACCCGGCUACAACUGACUACGGUCACUGGGUAUAGCCACUCCACUCUUUUCCCUGCACGCAACCAAUGUGAUCCCAUGAGUCGUCCCAUCCCGUGUCCGAACCUCUCUGGCUUCUACUCGGGGAAAACACUAGCUUCCUCCCAAUAAUAUCCCCGGCUUACCUCAUGUUUAAGUACUCUUCUGAUGACAUCUCUUUCAAUGUGAUGCCAUCUGCCGCACAGUCAACGUACGGAACUGUCGUAGGCCCACUAUCACCUGGAUUUGGGAUGUAUCAUGCCGUUUGAAAGGUCGAUAGCGCAAUAUCAACGCCCCGUGACAGUAUUCUGGCGGUUACUUACGCGCUGUUCUAUCGACUGCCCUGCACC